UCCGCUCAGUGUCUGGAUCUAUGCCGUAGCCAAGAGAGAACAGGCUGUGCAUGCUUCUGACUGAAACAGGGUGCAACGAUUGAAUUAGAUUAGAUUUCUUGUCCGUUUUCCUCGCUGCCACUCUCCUCUGAUAUAUAUAUAUUUUCUCCUCUGCUUGGAUACCGUGGACUUAGGCAUUGGAUAUGUGCACAAAGGAUGAUGAAAACCCCUUCCCUCACCGUAGAAGUAAAAUAAAAUAGGCUUUCGCACACACCGGAUUUACUCCUGCCAUUCCAUAUGAAGAAGUCAAAAAGUUGGAUACACACCUGUGUCCAUUUCCUGCUGUUCAUGACACUUGGGGUACAUUCAGCUACACUUGAUGUUCAAAGAAUGACCGAUGACAUUGACAGAGAACUCCCUGUUUUGAGACACAAUAUUCCGAAAGACUACAACAUUUCUUUACAGUAUAUUCCCAAAGAAAUGGGUAAGACGUGUUGGGUAAAAUUAAACCUUGUUUACUUGAACCAGAGUUUAAAAGAUUUAUCCAACAAGUUUGGAAACAGUUCAUCUAAUAAAGAGCUAAUAAAAUUAAUCAUGCUUUACGUUGAAGAAGAACGGCGAAAGAUCCAAAAACAAUUUACUGAUCUAAAAUGGGAAGACCUUAUGUGGGAAUUUCAGUGCCACUCCAGACAACAGAUGUGGGAAACAGGAAAAUACUUUGACUUUGUCAAAGAGUUCUUUAGAGCUGCAAAGAAUGAAGACUAUUCAGAUGAUUGUUCAGAUCCUGAAUGUCCCGUUGACCCAACAAAAGAAUAUUCAACAGGUCAACCACUGGAGUCACAAAAUAUCGGGAAUGAGUCAUGGCAGGCGCCACCAUUCACAGUUGAACCGCCAAGUCCCAUUGUCAAGAUAAUUGAGAAAAGCCUUUUCUCCUUACUGUUUAUACCACUGCUGGCACUAAUCUUCCUCCUCGUUUGGAAGGUCAGAUCAAAAAGGAACGUAGAUCCUCCUCAGCCAAACCGUGGAGAAGAAGACCCAAUUACAUCACCAGAAGAGAGGACACCUCCGCUAGAUGGUGAAAGAAAUGUACUCCACAUUUUUGCAAAAGUGUAAAAGUUUGUCACUUUUCACUGCAUCAGUGUAUUUGGGCUUUUCUCUCCUUUUUUGUGCUGUUCAGAGGUGGAAAAACAAACACAAACCUGCGUAGUGAAGUGAGACUGUGGAGGUGAAAGGCCUGCUCUGACUACGAUCCAGCUUCACAGUGGCAAACAAAGACUACCAGAUGUCUGGUUAAAUAAAACCUGACACUGUUUUUGCCUUUUUAUAAGACUACAUAAAUCCCAUGCUUUUGAAAAAGACAAAGAUUUGGGCUAUAAUCCCCCAACCCCCCCACCCCCAAAGCUGCCGUUGCUCCUGGGCCCUGAAACAUCAUUCAUCACGCCCUGUUGCUUCGUCUACCAUCUGAGGAAAACUUUGCGUAUUUAUCAACUGUAUUUUUUUUUUCUCCAGCCUUUCUUUCCUUUAUAUGCCUGCUUCUCAAACCUAAGACAAUGUGACUGAUGCAGGCAAUAUCUUGUUUGACCUGGGGCAUGAACUACUACCUCUGGUAUUUCUUCAUGUAACUACUUCAGCAACUUUUUCCCUGAGUUCGAGGAUUUUUUUUUUACAAAGUUUAGCACCACUAACCACAGUUGUUCCAAAGUUUAGCCACAGUAGUCGGGGUUGUCUGUGCUUUCCGGGUUUGGGGGUUUAUUUAUUUAUUGGUGGUGGCAAUCAGUGGCUGCUUUUCCAGAACUGAAAUAUGUCAUUUAUUCAUGGGUCACAUUUAAAGAUAACAGUACCUGUAACAAGUUUUGUAAAACUGAAUGCUCGUGAGCAAAUUACACUGUCUUUUCAAUGAAGUUGACA